CAUCCUUUCCACCGUCCCACUCUACAGGCCAGCGCCUCCAGCGUUCCAUUACAAGAAAAGAUAUCUUACGCGUUACAUGAGACCCGAGGAAAUUAUGGCAUCCCCGGCUGCUCAGGAGGAACAGCUGCUCGAGUUACUGUUACAGCUUAAAAAAACGACACCAGACCAGGCUCGAGCUAUAUUGAAUGCUCAACCGCAGAUUGCUUAUGCUCUUAUGGCACUCAUGGUUAACCUCAAUGCCAUUAACAUGGAGGUGACCCAGAAAACUCUUGCUGCUUUUGGUGCGGGGAGUGCUCCAGCGGCCACUCCAGGACCAGUCUCAGUGCCUACACCAGGCCCAGCUUAUGCACCUUCUGUCCCGCCACCAGCACCUCACAUACCUGUCCAACCUAUACCCGCCAUUCCUCCAUAUUUGAACAACCAACACAACUCAGGAGGAAAUACCCCGCCAUAUGCACGUGGAGGUACUCCCACGUACCCGCAAAGCAAUAUCCCGCUGGCAUAUCCGUCGCGCGGAGGAACACCGAACUACCCGCCGCCAGGCCCAAGUUACCCUGUACACCAGCAACAGCACCCUGGCCCAGGCUAUCCGCCUCAGAACAUGCCGCCGCACAUGCGUGCACCGUAUGGAGGUCCCCCGCCCCCCCAAAUCGGUGGUUACGGCGGACCUCCACCUCACAAUGCGCCGCCUCCGCAAGCGGCUUCUGCGCUUCCUGAGGCACUUCAGAAUAUUCCUGAGGACCAGAAGGCUCUCAUUAUGCGCGUUAUUCAGAUGACGCCAGACCAAAUCGCACAGCUGCCGCCUCACGAACAAACAACAAUGAUACAAUUGAGGCAGACAUUGGGUCUACCCGCGUAGCCGGCGAGUACCUACGGCUUUGGCUAUUUGUCUGUUGUUUGAAAGCCUUACACCCUGCAGUACUGGACUCUGCUUUAUUUCACCUAUUAUAUUACUGUCUCUCCGCGAACGGAUCACCUGUAAAACGGCCUGAUACGCGUAAAAUGUAUGAAUGUCGC